AAAUUUUUUAAUGUCAAAGAUGCUUUGGCCUUAAAAUUUAUUUCAUUGAGCAUCGAAAAGAAUUUUUGAAAAGCAUUGAUUACUAAUGCUUACACAGAUGUUGCCUUGACAACCAUUUGAAACAGUUAUGGUCGCCGACUAGCCUGCAAUGAGCGUUUGACAGUUUUCUGACAAUUUGACACUAUUAAGAUGGAUUGUACGCAAUUACGACGCGUGUUGUAACGUACGCUGUGUAUAAAUAUAAAAUGCAAACUGAAGCCUCUAUCUUACCAGUAGUACAACUUAAUGUGCACAGAACAGUCGCUAGAAAAGCAAAUCCUUCAAAAGACGCAACGCUGGAAUCCAAAAAGCUGUCUUCUUGCAGAAAUGCGUUACUUCCGAACAAAAAAUGCUUAAAUCCCUUGCCCGGUGCUCCAUAUAGAGGCGGCAUGAAACCGCAAUCGCUGUCGGAUGAACCAAAGUCUGGUAAUAAAAGUAUGCUUGGGCAAAGAGUAAUGUCAGCGAAAAUGCUUCGUUUUAAACAGAUGCAAAAUCAAUUAGCCGACGCACAUUAUCAUCUCAAUGAGUUAGCGAACGAAAACAGAUUAUUAAAGGCGUUGCAGAAAAGACAGGACUCUGCAUUGAGGCGUUACGAAGGGACAAAUGCCGAGUUACCGAGACUUAUAAAUUCGCACCACGAAGAAUUGAGAGUACUACAGGCAAAAUAUAAGAAAUUGAAAAAAUUACACAAAGACACGUGCAACCUGCUGAAAGAAAAAGAAACUGAACUUUAUUCUGCAAAUUCGCAAAAUAAGCAUCUAUUGCAACUUAGUAAAGAUCGAAAUCUCGAAGAGAGAGAAAAAUUACAGUUACAAGUAUCUGACAUGAAUUAUAAAAUGCAGCAGCAGCAGGAAACUAUACAGUUAUUACACAGAAAACUCGCCCUUGAAACUAAGAGCUUGAAGCAUCAAUUGCACAUCGAGAUUUCUAAGCACAAAGAGACGCAGAAAAACUUACAAGAGACAAUAGAGAAAUUGAAAAGUUUAGAAUGUUUAUUAGACAAUAGGGAAAGGAGAUUGUAUUAUAAUGGCCAAUUGCCAAUUUAUAGCAAAGAGAAACUGGGUAGCCAUUCUCUUACAAAUCUCAGAGAUGUCAGCAUCUCUCCAACUAAGGCAUCUAACAGAAGUAAAAAGAGUGAAAAUGGUACGCCAAAAGAUAAUUUGCCGUCGCUUGAUAUAAUGGAAUCCAAUGAUGAUGAAAAGAUAACUCAGCCAAACAAUGUUAAUUACAAUUCGGUAGAUCAGCUAAAGUCAGAAACAAUGGCGAAUUUGCAACAGAUACGGAAAUUUCGUUUGCAAAGAUCGUCAUACAUGCGUAAAAAUGCUCAUUCUAUGGAUGACUUGAGAUUAAGGUCAAAAGAUUCUGAAACGAGAGCGCGUGACGACGAAGGGGUCACAUCGAUAGAUUAUAAAUCGACAUUGGAGAAGGACGAGUUAAUUAACGGCCAGGGUGAAAGUGGCAAACUAAGAAAAUUAUUUAGCAGAAUAAAAAGUCAAAAUGCACAAAAACUGCAAAGAGAACUACGGACUGAAUUCGAUUAUUCAUCUGACGAUGGAGAAAGUGGGGACUUUAGUGAAUAUUACAUUCAGUCCUAUGAUACCCCACAGAAAUCUAGAGAAUUAUAUGCGAGCUCCUGUUGUAUCUAUUACAGAUUGAUUAACAGCACAGACGAUACCUCUGACACUUUGGACGAUAUACUGAAAAAGACAGAUUACAGCGAAGACGAAGAGGAAGAAGAGAACUUAAACACACGUCUAAUGGAAGACUUGACGUUUCAAAAGCGCAAGUACAAGAGUAAAGCGAAAGUAUUACAUCAUAAGAACGGCGAUUUUUACGAUAGCGGUUCUGACGUUGAUUCCGAAGGGAAGAUAAAUAUGAAUGGAGAUUUAUCUAUUGAAUAUAAAAGUAAUGACCUGCAAACCAGUCUGCCUAAGUACGCUAAAGAGCAGUUUGAGAAAUCUUUUAAUGGUGUCGCUCAUUCAGAAUACAAUACUUUGAACGUCACGGAACAGUCUGUUGGGAGAUCAAAGAAUGCGCAGCUACAGAGGGUAUCUGAUAACACUCCGGAUGGCGUGAACACAGAAAAUACAGAGAUUUCUCAGCAAUCUUCAAAUAAAAUGUGGCUGGACAAACGACCACUUUUGGAAAGUAACGGAACAGACAAUUUUUCCACAGACGUCAAAAAGGAAAAUCAUACAAAAGAGGAAGAGACGAGAUAUUUAGAGGACAAUUCGAGAUAUGUUGAUACGCCACAUGGCAAGAUUCAUCAUGAUACAUCGGACAACGCAACGUAUGAAGAAAUGAAAAAUGUGUCGAUUACGGAAAGGAAGAAAAUCGAGAAGGGCUCGCAACAAGCCUGCGAAAAGGAAUCUACGACAAACCGUUUCGAUGGAGGCGAUCGGCAUGAUUUGGAAAAAGAAUAUCUUGGGCACAGAGCAGAGGAAACGUCCAGUGUGAUGCAUUGCGGUGAUAAAGAAAUAUUAGAUAAAAAUGAUGCCAAUAUAGAAACACAAAAUAAAUUGAACGCUACACCAGACGUUGAUGUAUCGUCCUGCAGUAAUGUUCACGCGUCUCAGACUGAGCAGAGUAAAGGCGCGAAGGACGAGGUGACAGAGGUAAAGCCAGUAGGUGACAAGAGGAAGGUAAUUAAAUACAAUAAAGAUAAGCUGCUGGCUACAAUGAAGGCCAUUGACAACAAUGAAAAUAUCGAGUUUCUGAGCCAAGGAUUCAGAAAUCACAACGUGAACAGAAUGCAGAUAAUGGAGAAUCUACAUCGCGGCUUGCCAGCGCACUCAAAGCCGAAGCGCGAUAUUAUUAGAGAUAUAUUCGAAGACAAUCCUAUAGAAAGUAAAGUCAGAGGCACUUGUAGUAAAUCCCAUUAAAAAGCAAUCGCAAUAAGGAUCAUAAUAAAUAGCACAAAACUCGCUUA